AUGGCCUGCCAAACAUUAGCGCACAGCUACGGAUUCAAAGGAAAUAUACCACUGCAAAAACUGCAUCUCGUUUCCCGAAGCCUUCAUCAUCAACGUCAUCCAACUUCAAGGUUUCGGAAGCCUCAAUUAAGGAUAGCAGCUCAACCAUUCUCCUCCCUUCGCCAUCUCCCGUUACGAAAAUCGAAACUCGCCCUGGUGAAUUACGGCUAUCAGCCUCGUAGAAACUUUUGGGUAGCUAGAUUGGCAUCGAGGCUUCUAAAACUUCGUUACCUCGUCCUCGGAUCUGCGGUUGGUGGUGGCUACACAGCCAAAAAGACUUUUGAUCAGUGGAAAGAUAUGGUGCCCGAUCUUAGCGAUUAUAAGUGGAUUAUCCCGGACUUUGUAUGGGAGCUUGAUGAAUACAUUGAUUUUGAGAAACUUAGUAAAUCCAUUCCUGAUUCGGAAGAACUUGCCAAGUUGGUGCCUGACUUUGAAAAGGUCGUGGAAAGCUUUGAUGUUCUGAAGGGCUUUUUCUCAACAGGUCACAAUUUGGUUAGUGAAGUCAUAGGAGCUUCUGAUCUACUUCUGUUGUUAGGUUCAUCAGGAGAAACGGCAUUUAGGGCUACAGAUCCAGGAUCUGAAAAUGACAAGCAAUACCGAAAGGGUCUGCUUGGUGAACUCAUUCUCUUACAACAGCAAAUCCAAGAGCACGAAGAGGAAGCACGCAGAGCUGAUGGCCAAUAUAACUCAGGCUAUUCCCAACAGAAGCGAAAGGUGUCAGACAAAGAGAAAGUAGAUCAGCUUCAAGACGAACUCUUGCGUACCCAGUUGAAAUACCAGAGAAUUCUGGAGCGCCUAGAGAAGGAGAACAAAGAAUUGAGAAAAUUGGUGUUGCAAAGAGAUGACAAAGGCAUCCAUCAUAGAAAGCUGAAGAAAUCCCUAAUUGACAUGUACUCUGAAGUUUUGGAUGUUCUCUCUGACUAUGAUGCCAGUUACAAUACCCAAGAUCAUCUUCCCCGGGUUGUCGUGGUUGGAGAUCAGAGUGCUGGUAAAACUAGUGUACUAGAAAUGAUUGCCCAAGCUCGGAUAUUCCCCCGAGGGUCUGGGGAGAUGAUGACACGUUCUCCUGUCAAGGUGACACUGAGUGAAGGUCCUCAUCACGUGGCCCUUUUUAAAGACAGUAGUCGAGAGUUUGACCUCACCAAAGAGGAAGAUCUUGCAGCACUGAGACGUGAAAUAGAACUCCGAAUGAGGAAAAGCGUCAAAGAAGGUUGCACAGUUAGUACUGAGACAAUAUCUUUAAAUGUAAAAGGCCCUGGAUUGCAGCGAAUGGUCCUGGUGGAUUUACCCGGUGUCAUUAAUACUGUGACAUCAGGUAUGGCUCCUGACACAAAAGAAACCAUUUUCAGCAUCAGCAAAGCUUAUAUGCAAAAUCCUAAUGCCAUCAUUCUAUGUAUUCAAGAUGGAUCUGUUGAUGCAGAACGCAGUAUCGUUACUGACUUGGUCAGUCAGAUGGAUCCUCAUGGCAGGAGGACGAUAUUUGUUUUAACUAAAGUAGACUUAGCAGAAAAAAAUGUAACUAGCCCAAAUAGGAUUCAACAAAUAAUUGAAGGAAAACUCUUCCCAAUGAAAGCUUUAGGCUAUUUUGCAGUUGUCACAGGAAAAGGUAGUAGCAGUGAAAGUAUCGAGUCUAUCAAAGACUAUGAAGAGGAGUUUUUCCAGAAUUCUAAACUCUUAAAGACAUGUAUGCUCAAGGCACACCAAGUGACAACAAAAAAUCUCAGUCUUGCUGUGUCCGACUGCUUUUGGAAAAUGGUGCGAGAAUCAGUGGAACAACAGGCUGAUGCUUUUAAAGCAACCCGUUUUAACCUGGAGACCGAGUGGAAGAACAAUUUUCCCCGUUUACGGGAACUCGAUCGGAAUGAAUUAUUUGAAAAAGCUAAAAAUGAAAUACUUGAUGAAGUUAUCAGUUUAACCCAAGUGACACCAAAGCACUGGGAAGAGAUUCUUCAGCAAAUGUUGUGGGAAAGGGUAUCGACUCACGUUAUCGAAAAUAUCUACCUUCCAGCUGCACAGACGAUGAAUUCGGGGACUUUCAACACAACGGUGGACAUUAAACUUAAGCAAUGGACUGAUAAACAGCUUCCUACUAAGGCCGUGGAGGUUGCUUGGGAGACCCUCCAGGAAGAAUUCUCGCGCUUCAUGACUGAACCAAAAGGGAAAGAGCACGAUGAUAUAUUCGACAAGCUGAAACAAGCCGUUAAAGAAGAAAGUAUUAAGCGUCAUAAGUGGAAUGAAAGAGCGGAGGACAGCUUGAGAGUGAUCCAACACAAUGCUUUAGAAGAUCGGUCGAUAACUGAUAAGCAGCAGUGGGACGCAGCUAUUUAUUUUAUGGAAGAGGCUCUCCGAUGUCGUCUUAAGGACACUGAAUCUGUAAUCGAAAGCAUGGUAGGCCCAGAUUGGAAGAAGAGGUGGUUAUAUUGGGAUUGUCGUACCCAAGAACAGAGUAUUCGCAAUGAAACCAAAAAUGAAUUGGAGAAGAUGCUGAAAUGUAAUGAAGAACAUCCAGCAUAUCUUGCAAGCGAUGAAAUAACAACCGUCAGAAAAAACCUUGAAGCUCGAGGAGUGGCAGUGGAUCCAUGUUUGAUUAAAGAUACGUGGCACCAAGUUUACCGAAGACAUUUCUUGAAAACUGCCCUUAGCCACUGCAAUCUGUGUCGAAGAGGAUUUUAUUACUACCAAAGGCAUUUUGUAGACUCAGAGUUAGAGUGCAAUGAUGUUGUCCUGUUUUGGCGAAUACAACGAAUGCUGGCAAUUACGGCAAACACACUGAGGCAGCAACUUACCAAUACAGAAGUAAGACGAUUAGAGAAGAAUGUAAAAGAAGUCCUGGAGGAUUUUGCUGAAGACUGUGAAAAGAAGGUUAAAUUACUAACUGGGAAAAGAGUCCAGCUGGCUGAAGAUCUUAAAAAAGUUAGAGAAAUACAGGAAAAACUUGAAUGUUUUAUUGAAGCUCUCCAUCAGGAGAAAUAAAUCGUCUAAGCAGAGUCCUUACCAGUAAACACAGUUGCCUGUCUGAACACAUUGAACAAAGAUGACUCCUUAAAAUUCCUUUGGCCUGUCUCCUCCUUCCUGACUUCCCUCCUUUCUAAACACCCUAUGAAGUCGUGGGAGGAAAGUAAUUUCUUGUGUGGGAUGGGAACUUUGAAAUCAAGCUGCAGUUUGAAUUAAAAACAGAGAAAAUGAUAUUAAAACCUUAUUUUUAUUGUGUUUAAAUGAGACUGGGUGAUUAUCUGUGGUGCACCAUUAAGUUCUGUCCUUGAGGAUGAUGCUUUACCUUCUCUUUGCUGUGCCACUGCUUCAUCGAAAUCGUGAAACAGUUUGUCUCAAUACCAGUUUCUUUGCCAGAAAAUAACACUGGGUAUCUGAAAUGAAAAUGUUAUCAUUGUACAUAAAGAUAAUACCCUUCAAGCUAUAUGUUUAUAUCUGCAAUGCUGUAUAUUGAAGUUUGAUUUGAUUAUUAUUCACUUUAAAGUAUCUGUGUGAGAGGGAACUAGCAGGAAAUCAUUGAACAACAUAAAUAUUCAAUUAUCCUAAAAAUGGACUUAAAACGUUGCCACCAGAGUGAAAAUAUGGUUCAGAAAAUAGAUUAGCAAUAUUUUAUUCUUUAAUUUCAUAGUUUCAUCUGGGUCAAUUUUGAAUUUAUUUUAGGUCGCAUCCCCUUGACUGAGGUUUUCUGUUAACAGAACUAUUGCAUAGUAAACAAGAAAUGAAAAGGAUUAAGGGUGGUCAGUUGGCCAUAAUUUGAAUUGGAUAUCCCCAAUAAACAUUUCAAAUAUUUUUUUAAAAAGAUUUCUUUUGCCUAUAAGAAACCAGAAGUGCUUUCCGUAAUUAGAAUAAUGUAGACCAUCCCUUUGUGGUUCCUGACUAUAAAAGUUUAGUGACAUAUAAAUAAUUCAGUGAUGGUCAGCUGAAUCAAUCACGUAGCUUUCCCAAACAGUAUAACUUUGAGCAACUCAUUUAUUUUUAAACAAAGAAAUGGUCCCCUUUUUACUUACAGUAUUUUUCCUUUGUUUCAGUUAUUUCACUCUCUAUGAUUAAACUAUCCCCCGAAUGACAUUCUGAAUGCUUCAACUCAGUUUCCUUGUUCCUGAAUAUUCCAUUUCAAAAAUAUAUGAUUAAAUUAUGCAUUUCUUCCCCAAUACUUUUUUAUAAUAAUACCAUCAAUAACCUUGCAAUUCUCCUUUGAUCUGGAAAGUUUCCGGUGAUUAUCUUAAAAUUAUGAUGGCUCUUACUUGGUAAAAUUUUUAAAGGUCCCAAUUCAUGUCUUGUACUUAAGAGCCCUGUGUGAAUAUUGGUAUUUAGGUCAUCGGGGUUCAAGGAAGUGUCUCAAUUCACUGUUCUAUCGAAUCUAAGAAACAAUGUUAAGAAGAAGGGUGCUUCUUCUACAGUAGUGUUCACUGGCUCUUAUCAGUAAAAGGACAGAUGGUAGGUGUCAUUAAAAUUAAAAUCUUUUAACCAUCCAUAAAGGUGUCUCAUCAGCUGGAAGGUGUAAUGAAUGUCUUGGUGUUUUUAGUGUGAAAAAUCUUCUUUAGGAGAAAAAGGAAACCGGAUUAUAUUAUUUACCACAUAUGAUGGGUCAAGGUAGAUAGUUCUGACAAUUUUGGAAAAAGAGUUUUCGGAAUUGUGAGUUAAGUAAAUGGUACUGUUCAAAGUCAAUGUUGCACUGUGUCUCUUCUAUACAUGUAAAAAGACUCUUGCAUUUAUUUAGAGAGAUUAAUGUUUUAACUUAAAUCCCUGUAUAAAUGUUGCUUGAAGUUCCAUCCAGUAGCCCAGUCAUACUUUUUCCAAAUGAUACCAGUUCUCCUGAGAGUUAUAACUUCCCAUUACUGCUCAUCUCUGAUUUAGCAUGUUAUUUUUGUGGACAGCUAGGUAUUUAUUGAAUGCAGAUGUAAUUGAAGGACAAAUAAAUUCAGAGUUUGAACACUUCAA